CGAAAGCAACGCUUUGCCCAAAUACACCGUGAAGGCACCAGUUCUGCGAACCGCUUACUGGUAAUAAGGAUUUUGCCAAACGGUUUGGAACACAGCCGAUUCGGGUUUGUGGUAAGUAAACGUAUCGGAAACGCCGUCACGAGAAACCUGAUAAAGCGAAGACUACGAGAAUCUGUCAGACAGACCAACACUAAGGGAGGAUGGGACGCAGUCAUAAUAGCUCGUCGCGGGGCCAGCAGCGUGGAAUUUAGUCAACUUAAGCACGCAGUAUACGGCCUAUUGCAACGCGCCAAACUGGCCAAGUCCAGUCCAUCCUCGGAAUAG